AUGUAUGCCGAUGGAGUUGAUAUCUUGUUGAUAACUCUAGGUUUUCUUGGGGCGGUUGGAGAUGGUACUUGCUUUUCGAUCGCGCUAAUAGUCACCGCCAAACUCAUGAACAUUAUUGGUGGUGCAGACACAUCAAAUGCCCUUAACUUUAUGCACAAUAUUAACGAGAAUGUUAGGUGGUUGAUUUACAUUGCUGGUGCAAAAUGGAUCGCGUGUUUCUUAGAGGGUUUUUGUUGGACAAGAACAGCAAAGAGAAAAGUUUCAAGGCUAAGGAUUAGAUACUUGAAAGCAGUUUUAAGACAAGAUGUUGGCUUCAAGGCCAGUGUUUCUGAUGACUGUCUAGUAAUUCAAGAUUGGAUUGGUGAAAAGGUUCCAUUUUUCUUGAGGGACAUGUCAAAUUUUAUUGGAGCAUACGUGGUAGGAUUCUUGAUGAUUUGGAGGCUGGUAUUAGUAGUAUUUUCAAUAUUAUUUUUGUUGAUGAUACCAAGUAUCAUUUAUGGAAGGGCUCUUAAGAGAAUAUCAAGAAAAGUGAGGGAUGAAUCUAAUAAAGCUGGAAACAUUUUGGAACAAUGGAUUUCUUCAAUUAGAACAGUGUAUUCUUUUGUUGGAGAAAGAAAAAGUAUAGAAGAUUAUUGUGUCGCACUUGAAGGAUGUGUUGAAUUGGGAGUAAAGCAAAGCUUAGUUAAAGGAUUGUUCUUUGGGAGUUGUGGCUUUGUCACUGCCUUUGCAAUUACAGCUCUCCUAUCUUAUUAUGGUAGCAUAUUGGUUAUGUACAAUGGAGUUCAUGGUGGCAAUGUCUGUAUGGUCACCCUUGCAAUUUUUUGGGGUGGAAAAAGAUUGGGUUCUAGUUUGUUAAACAUAAAGGAUUUUGCAGAAGCAGUAGCAGCUAAUAAACGUGUAAUGGAAGUAAUGAAAACGGUGCCCAAGAUUGAUUCAGAAAACAUGGAAGGCCAAGCAUUGGAUAACAUGACAGGGGAAAUAGAAUUCAAACGCGUUAAAUUCGCGUACCCAUCAGGGCCCGAAAGCACAGGACUAAAAGAUUUUAGCCUAAAAAUUUCGAGAGGGAAAACAGUGGCGUUAGUAGGAGGAAGUGGAUCCGCUGUAAUAGCACUGCUGCAGAGAUUUUAUAAUCCGAUGGCUGGAGAGAUUCUUCUCGAUGGAGUCGUCAUUAAUAAGCUGCAGCCUAAGUGGCUGAGGUAUCAGAUGAGUCUGGUGAGCAAGGAGCCUGCACUUUUUGCAACCACAAUUAAAGAAAAUAUACUUUUUGGCAAGGAGGAUGCAUCUAUGGAACAAGUUAUUGAGGCUGCAAAGGCUUCCAAUGCUCAUGACUUCAUAUGUAAAUUGCCUCAGGGUUAUUACACCAAGGUGGGGGAGAAAGGUAUACAAAUGUCUGAGGGACAGAAACAGAGAAUAGCCAUAGCAAGAGCCAUUAUCAAGUCACCAAGAAUACUCCUCCUAGAUGAGGCAACCAGUGCACUUGACACUGCAUCAGAAAUAGUGGUGCAAGAAGCUCUAGACAAUGCCUCCAUUGGCCGCACCACAAUCAUCGUAGCACACCGCCUUUCCACUACCCGUAACGCUGACCUUAUCGCCUUUGUCCAAAAUGGACAGGUCAAGGAAAUUGACUCACACAAUGAGCUAAUUAAAAAUCAAGGACUAUACGCUUCCUUAGUCCAUCUACAACAAACUGAAAAACCUACUGGAGCGACUAUUGCCUCUUCACAACAAUCUUCUUCAAUUGCAAAUCAAGAUGAUACUUCAGUUCCGAGUACUUCAGGGCAAGGAUCAUUUAAAAGGCUUUUGGCUAUGAAUUUGCCGGAAUGGAAGCAAGCAACUUUAGGUUGUAUAGGAGCAAUAUUAGUUGGUGGAGUUCUACCGAUAUAUGCUUUUCUGAUGGGGGCAUUGAUAUCAGUGUCUUACUCGCCUAGUCAUGACGAGAUUAAGAAAAAGACUAAGAUAUAUACUCUGGCUUUCCUGGGGAUGGCAUUUAUUACCCUUGUUCUCAAUGUACUUCAGCAUUAUAACUUCGCAGUCAUGGGAGAGCGAUUGACUAAAAGGGUCAGAGAGAGGAUGUUAUCCAAGAUGCUUACUUUCGAAGUUGGAUGGUAUGACAAGAAACAGAAUUCCACUGCUGCAAUAUGCUCUAGACUUACCGAUGAUGCCAGUGUGGUGAGGUCUUUCGUUGGGGACAGGAUGUCAUUAUUCAUUCAAACAAUUGCAGGGAUGACCAUAGCUUGCGCGGUUGGCCUAGUUAUCGCGUGGAGAAUGGGAUUGGUUAUGAUCGUGGUUCAAGCUUUCAUCAUUUUCUCCAUCUAUUGUAGGCGGGUUUUAUUGAAAAGCAUGUUGGAAAAAUCCAUCAAGGCUCAAGAAGAAAGCAGCAAGUUAGCAGCUGAAGCAGUUACUAAUCUACAGACUGUAACAGCCUUCAACUCCCAAAGUCGAAUUCUUCAAAUGCUAAAAGAAGCCCAAGAAGGCCCUCUACGCGAAAAUAUACAACAGUCAUGGUUGUCGGGAAUAGUACUUGGCACUACCAUCAGUCUCCAGUUAUGUACAUGGGCUCUCUUUUUCUGGUUUGGUGGAUAUUUCAUGGUAGAAGGCUAUAUUGGAGCUCAAGCCCUGUUCCAAAUCUUGGUGCUUUUAAUUAGCAAUUGGCGUGUCAUUGCGGAUUUAGGAACAAUGUCUAAGGAUCUCGACAGAGGUAAGGAUGCUGUUGGAUCAGUCUUCACAACAUUGGAUCGAUUUUCCUUAAUCGAGCCAGAGGAUUCAGAUGGUUACAAGCCAAAGAAAAUAACAGGCCAUAUCGAGAUGUAUGAGGUGGAUUUCGCGUACCCUGCCAGGCCUAAUGUGAUCAUCUUCAAGGGGUUCUCGAUAACAAUCAAUGCAGGAAAAUCAACAGCAUUUGUAGGACAAAGUGGUUCGGGGAAGUCCGCGAUAAUUGGUCUAAUAGAAAGAUUCUACGAUCCUUUAAGUGGUGUAAUAAAAAUAGACAGGCGUGACAUAAGAUCAUACCACUUGAAGUCAUUGAGGAACCAGAUAGCACUUGUAAGCCAAGAACCAACAUUAUUUUCCGGAACCAUAAGGGAAAACAUAGCGUAUGGAGUGCUAGCAUCAGAAGAAGUGGAUGAAUCAGAGAUAAUUGAAGCCGCAAAGGCAGCAAAUGUCCAUAGUUUCAUCUCAGCAUUAAAAGACGGAUAUGACACAUGGUGUGGGGACAAGGGACUGCAGUUAUCAAGAGGCCAAAAACAGAGAAUCGCGAUAGCUCGUGCACUAUUAAAAAAUCCAGGGGUGGUAUUAUUAGACAAGGCAACGAGUGCACUGGACAGUCAAUCGGAGAAAUUAGUGCAAGAGGCACUUGAACGAGUGAUGGUUGGGCGGACAAGCGUGGUUGUGGCACAUAGGUUAAGUACUAUACAAAAUUGUGAUACAAUUGUUGUGUUAGACAAAGGCAAAGUUGUGGAGAAGGGAACUCACUCUUCUUUGUUAGCUAAAAGGCCUUGUGGAGUUUACUACUCUCUGGUUAGUUCAGCAAAUCAUCAUCCUUAA